AUGUUUGCGGUUUUGGUACUGCUGUGUCAACUACAUGUGACGAUGUUUGCAUUUCCCCAUUGCACAGGGAGAUUAAAUAACUUGAAGCAACCUGAAUGGAAAGACGUGUUCACAUCAGAAAAGGAGGCCAAUUUAUUCAUUGGACGACAUCUUCUGAAUAACAGAUUUGAUUUUGAAGCAUUCACGGCAGAUAACCUGGAAAGAGAAUGCUUUGAAGAGCUGUGCAAUUAUGAAGAAGCAAGAGAAGUAUUUGAAGACCCUGAUAAAACGAUGGAUUUUUGGAAAGACUAUUCAACUAAAGGCCCUAAAAUAAAAAUAGGUGAUGAGACACUACAAAAGAUUAAUGUUACAGGACUUCUCAUCAGUCUAGUUGCUGCUGGAGUACUGCUAGUUAUAAUUGUACUGGUUAUCUUCUACUGCUGCAAAAGCAGAUGCAAAUCAAGGCAACCACCAGGGUACUUGGAUUAUGUAAGAAAUAGAAGACAUAAUUCAUCUAGCAUCUUCAGAAGGCACGAAGAAUUUUCUUUAAACCCACUUCCUCUCAGAACUGAUGAUUCAGGACUACCAACUUAUGAGCAAGCAGUGACUUCAGAUGGACAACACGAUGUGCCACCACCCCCUUAUCCAGGGCCCCCAAAAGGGGCACGGGUGUUUAAAAAGUCUAUGUCACUUCCUGCCCCUUAG